AUGGAUCCUCCAAGCAUUCCCGACCAUCGUCCUCACAAAUACGCCAUGCCGCACACAAUGAACGACAUAGACGGUCCGACCUUGAGAGGCUCGGCGCAGAAUUCGUUGCGAUCACAUUCACCGGCUGGACAGGCCUUUGAACCCCAGGCCUUUGGUCAACCCGCGAUCGGGAGACCGCCAAUGGCCCCGCGGCAGCGAUCCGUACAAUCGAGAAACCAGUCACGCCCGCACAGCUCGCUCAGCGCCUACCACGUCGCGAACGGCAGCAAUGGCUCUAAUGGCAAUGGCAAUGGAUACGAAGGUGAUCGCUUGGACCGGAAGCAGUCCAUUGAUCAGGCGUCCGUCGCGGACUCAAACGCAACCCUGGACCUCGGCCACCACUCCAUCGGGCAGCCACGCCCACCACCGCGCAGCGAAAAACGUCUCUCGGUCUCGAGCAACAACUUCGACCAAAGGUCACUCAGCGCACUCUCUCUUGACCAGGAGUCGAUUGGAAACCAAUCUCUUGGCCAUCACUCCAUCGGCGGCCCACCGGGCGGUUACUACUCAUCUCCAACAUCCCCCAACGGCCUUCAUCCGACCCACUCCAGCAGAUCACUCCGACGAAACUUUGUGGUGAAUGAACUCCCUGUCCUACAGCAAACGAAUCCGAACGAGGGAUCCGACCAAUUCAAUCCCAUCAUCGAAGAAAAUGAAGAAGCAUCCUACGACUUGGUUGCGCCGUAUGAGGGCGAUGCAACCCCUCUCCACACACUGGAACGCCAGGCGGACUUGAUGUUUUGCGCAGAGCAUAUGCUAGCCAUUCUGAACAACCCUCGGUAUCUGGCAAGGUUCCGUGAAUUCCUCGCACAAGAGCGCCCGGCAUCCUUUUCGACGUUGACCUACUACCUCAAUGCUUCGAAAUCCCUGAAAGCCAUUGAAUACGCAAAUGCGCUGAUCAGAUUGGCCGUUGAUGUGCCAACUGCUGGGAUUGAGACCGCAGAGCAGCCCGUCGGCCCGACGGUGAACAUGGCGCUGGAAAAGCGUGUCCAGGCUGCGCUGGACGCCCUGACUGCGGAAGAACUACCGGCAUUUAUCACGGCAACUUGUAUCAAUAUCACUGGCAGGGUGGUCGAGGAGCGGGUGCGCGGCACCCUUCCCGACAAAUUCCAGGGAACGGCGGACGCGCUGGCAGAGGUCUUCUGCUUGACAGAUCCCUCCAGACCGGACAACCCUAUCAUCUUUGCUUCUCAGGAAUUCCAUCGCACGACGCAAUACGGCAUGGACUAUGUCCUAGGCCGAAACUGUCGCUUCUUGCAAGGCCCGAAAACGAACCCCAACAGUGUGCGGCGCAUUCGCGAAGCACUGAAAGCGGGACGCCAUCACUCCGAGCUAUUCCUUAACUAUCGCCGUGACGGAUCCCCAUUCAUGAACCUUCUCCAGAUGGCCCCCCUCUGCGACAGCCGUGGCAACAUCCGCUACUUCAUCGGUGCCCAAGUCGACGUCUCAGGUCUCGCGAUGGAAGGUGCCCAGAUGGAAUCCCUGCAAAAUAUCCAAGCGCAAAAGGAGAACCCCGACAUGGAAGAUCUUGUUCCCAAGGAGUCCAAGUCUGAGUUCCAGGAGCUCGGCGAGCUCUUCAGUCCCCGCGAACUACAAAAUGUCCGCGAACAUGGUGGAAAUCUCUUCCAGCCCAUCGUCAACGAAGAUCCGAACCACCGUCUCUUCUUGCAAGAUUCGGACACAGAAAGUGAACACCAUGCGCCCUCAUCGCACAGGCAAACAACUGUGCCUGAACCUAGCCCUGGCCUGUCUUUGACAGGCGUUUAUAAAAACUAUCUUCUCGUUCGCCCUUAUCCAUCCCUUCGCAUUCUGUUCACGUCUCCCACCCUUCAAAUCCCUGGCAUGCUCCAAUCCUCUUUCCUGAAUCGCAUCGGAGAGUCGGGCGUAAAGCGCGACAACAUUCUCAACGCUAUGAUGGCCGGUCGCAGUGUCACUGCGCGUAUCAAAUGGGUUACGAAGUUCAGUAGUGAUCAGGGCCGGAACCGGUGGAUCCACUGCACGCCGCUGAUGGCGAACAAUGGGGAGAUCGGUGUUUGGAUGGUGGUUGUUAUUGAUGAUGAUGAACAUGAGUCUAUUAGGUGGCAUGGCAAUUACCCAGCCACUUAUUAG